AUGUUGGAUUAGCGUCAAACAUUAAGUGAUAUUAAAAAACUCAGAAAUACUCCUUACAUAUAUUACAAAUAAUACAAAUAUGUUGAUAAUAAUUAACAACAAGAUUCAAAAUAAGCAAAAAUGAUAGCUAGACCUAAUGUUAGGUAUUUGAUUUAUUUAAUUAUUGAAUGUAGAUCCUCUCAUUUAUCAACAGACAUCAAAAUCUUUCAAAAUUAUAAUAAGAACAAAACGAUUUGAGACAAUCAAGUAAAUAACGUGAAAGAACCAAAACCCAGUCAAAUUAUAGACCUUUCAGUAUCAAUUAAAAAGCACCUUCUAAUUCUAAAAGUCAACCUGAUUUGACUGAUGAUAAUGAAACCAUUUUCGUACCAUAUCGACAAAGAAACAUUUCAUAAAAUAGUAUAUCUAUUUCAUAUGACACUUCUAACAAAAAACAGAGCUUUUUACCAAAUAUGAAUCAAUAGGAUCCAAUGUUAUAAACCUUUGGAAAAGAAGUUUUUAUCUACAAACCCAAGAGAUUUCCUACUGAAAUAUUUUAAGGAAAUGUGAGCAAGAUGAAGAAGCAAUUCUAAUAAAAUUAUUGA